CGCUACUGUCCGAAGAGGAACAAGUGGACCUUCGUCCAGUCCUUUGACCGCUCGCUGUCCUGACGACCUGCUCUGGGUCUCAGGUGGAGUCACAAACACAGCUCAGUACCAGAAUAGACUUCAUGGUGUACGACCUAGAACAGAACCAGUGGCUGGCCCGCAGUCCCAUGCUACAGAGGCGAGUGUACCAUGUCAUGGCCGUGGCGAAGCUGUAUGUGCUGGGAGGAAAUGACCUGGACUACAACAGCGACCGCAUCCCGGUCCGCCACAUCGACUCCUAUGACAUAGACAUGGACCAGUGGACCCGCUGCACCUUCAGCCUACUCACGGGUCAGAACGAAUCUGGCGUGGCAGUCCAUGAUGACCGAAUCUAUGUUGUUGGUGGAUAUUCUAUUUGGACCAAUGAGCCUCUAGCGUGUAUUCAGGUGUUAGAUGUGAGCAUGGAGGGGAAGGAGGAAGAGUUCUAUGGACCAACUGUACCGUUCACCUCCAAUGGAAUAGCAACGUGUUUCCUACCUGCUCCAUGCUUCACCUGCCCCAACCUACAGACUCUACAAGUGCCCCAUCACAGGAUAGGGGCUGUCUAACACACUAAUAGAGACUACAGUAAAUACAUCAUGCAAACAACUCAUAUGGGCAUACAUACAUACAAUUAUGUAACACAAAAUAAUAGAACCAAAGGUCUGCUCCUUUACAACAGCCCCACUCUUCCUCUAAAAGGCAUACACACACACACACACACACACACACACACACACACACACACACACACACACACACACACACACACACACACACACACACACACACACACACACACACACACACACACACACAAGAGGAAGGUCCUCAAAGUUCCCUAUUCCUAUCCUGCUACCCUGUUAUGAUGGACUGAUCUUCCAUCAGCUGCAGGGUUUGGGUCAAUUCCAUUUCAAUUCAGGAAGUAACCAGAAUUCUGAUGACAAUUUUGCUAAUUGAAAAGCAUUGAGAAUAAUAGAUAUUGAUUGGAGUAAUAUAUUCUGAAUUGACCCCAACCCUGCUCAGAUGACUGGCUCUAGUCAAACUGGUGCAGAACAGUAGAUCGCAAUGCUGGAGCACUCAAUGGGAGCAAGGUUCUCUACGGAGUGAAAUGGCUCCCUCUUUUACUAAUGCACUAUAGGGCUAUUGGCACUCUUAACUAGCUGUACUUACUACUUGCCAUACCCCAUCUACUCAAUACAAAGCCAAUGGACCCACCCACGGUCAUUUCAAUUGAAACCUGUCCUGUGUAAACUGUGGACCCGUCUUCCUCUUUCUUGAGCGUGUGUUUUUCUGUUCAAGCUCAGGAUGGAAGACUGUUUUAACAGUUGUGUGAAUGUCUGACCACGUAGCAUACAGUGUGUGUGCUCAGCACACUGUGUGUCGGAGAGCCUAUACGCUAUGUGUCGCCACUGUCUUAUGCCAUUUUCAAAAUGUCUUGUUUUACUUCGACAAAGAAAUAACGCCGUUUCACCUCCAGCAGUGAGAGGGAGAGAGGGAGAGGAGUUUAAAAACAUGUCUUGUUUUCAGAAUAAAGAGGUCCAGUACUGUAUCAAUAAAGCCCGUGAUAAGUUGAACCGA